CUCUCUGCUAAGAGGGCAGAAGAUUAUCGUGUUCCAUGUGGCCCUCUCUUCCGACUUGUCACCUGUCCUCACUACACACUUGAAUUGGCCAUCUAUACCCUCAUUCUUAUUUUUUUGGUCGCGACGGCUGCUGAUCCCACUCACUUCUUAAGGACGCCCUUUUUGGACGUCGUCUGUUUUGUUUGGGCUAACCAGCUCGUUUCGGCCGGCCUGACACAUGCCUGGUAUUCUGAAAUUUGGCCAGAUUGGGCUGCUCGACGUUUCGCCAUUAUUCCCCGAAUUUUGUGA